UACAAAAAUGGUGAAAACUAAAACUAUAGGUCCCCUGCAGCAAAAAAAACCCAAACUUUAACUCGGUUCUGAGCCACCCCCUCUCAUUCUCCAAUCACAUUGCACCACAUAACCCAGUUCGUAUUCUUUAAGUCCGGCACGGCCGUCUUGUCGGUCCCAAUCUUAGGGUUUGCUCUGGAUUUUGGUUGCCUGGUCGUAAAGCUUCCGUUUGUGGGAAGAUACGGGCAGCACUAGGAUUCUGCUUCACCACCUGUCGCUAGAAUGGAGAGUUUCGGCGGCUUGGGAUUCAGUGAAGUAAACAGUGCUGCAAGGAGGAAAAGGAGCAAUACAUCCCGUCGUCCUCGGAAUGAGUCACAGCUUCCUUUGGAUUAUCGUGACAUCUCUUCGCUGUCGUCAACUCCUCCUUCAGACGAUAAUAUGAUUAAAUCUGAGGGAGGAGGAUAUGUUGAAUCUGAUGAAGCUUCAAAUAAUGGUUCUUUUCGAGGCAGUAAUGAGCAUAGGCAUACUGGGAUUGAUUCCAAAAGGUCGAGCAUGGGUGUCCUUGGCCCUGCUAAUAGGAAAGGCCCCAGCAAGGAUGGGUCUUUUGGUAUUGUUUCAGAUAAUUUAGAGAAUAAGAGUACUGUGAAAAAGGUUAAGCUUAAGGUUGGUGGUGUUACACGCACAAUUCAGGCCAAGUCUACAUCUGGUGGUGCAUCUAAUGUCGGGUUGUCUUCUACAAAAUCUUCUCAUAUUUCAGAUGCCCCUCGACCACGGAAGAGGUUGAUUCUUCAGGAAAAUUCAGAUGACAAUGGUUCCUUUGGUUCAGACAAGGGAAGUGGGUUACGAGGGGUUGCAUCUAAGGAUCCAUCUAAAAGUGUCUUUGAUCUUGGGAAGGAUGAUAGUUCAAGGGGUAGGAUGCCUGAAGAACCUAUUCGCAAGAGCAAACGCAUCCCUAAGAGACGUGUGCUGGAUGGAACAGUUGAUGUUGGCGAUGAUGAUGAUGAUGUGGAAGUUCGAUACCUUGAAAAACUCAAAACAUCAAAGAAUACCCCAGAUUACAGUUUGGACUACCAAGAGGAUGAGGAAAGAGCAGUCAGGAAAGAAAGGAAGAUUUCAAGGGUGUUGAAGGGAAGUGGUGUUGGCCAGUAUAGUGUAGAUAUGGUAGAUUAUGGCAUAUCAAGGUCAGGCAAGGAGGGUAAGAAGUCAAGAUCGGGAGGAGUCCUUGAUGAUACUGAUUAUGUAGAAGAAGACGAACCUGUUUCUGAUGGCGAGCCAGAACUCAAGAUCAGGAAGAAGUCGAGAAAGGAGUUUGUUGAGUCAUCCUCAGAUAAUAAGGAGAUGACAGUAACUACUCGUCGAAGGGCCCUUCAAACUAGCAAAGAUGUCUCUUCCAGCAUAGGUGCAAGCGUAAUUGAGUUUCCCAAUGGGUUGCCUCCUGCGCCACCAAGAAAGCAAAAAGAUGAAUUCUGUGCAGUGGAGCAGCAACUGAAGAAAGUUGAGGCUGCUCAGAGACGUAGGAUGCAAGUAGAGAAGGCAGCUAGAGAAUCUGAGGCUGAGGCAAUCAGAAAAAUUUUGGGCCAAGAUUCCAGUCGGAAGAAAAAGGAAGACAAGAUAAAGAAACGGCAAGAAGAUCUGGCACAGGAGAGAGCUGCAAAUUCUAUGCUUCCAUCAGAUUCUGUUCGAUGGGUGAUGGGUCCAUCAGGAUCGAUUGUUACUUUUCCUGAUACAAUUGGUUUACCAACCAUAUUUGACCCCAAGCCUUGCAGUUACCCUCCUCCCCGUGAGAAGUGCGCCGGACCAUAUUGUACAAACCCAUACAAGUACAGGGAUUCCCAAUCAAAGCUCCCUCUCUGCAGUCUCCAGUGCUACAAGGCAGUUCACGAAAAUAUGCCUUCUCUAUCUGCCUGUUAAUUCAGUGAAUUCGGUUUUGCAGCGAACCUCAUAUGUGGAUAUUCCUGCACUUCAUAUGUACUCUUAAUUUAAUAGAUGUAGUCUUUCUAAAAACCAAAUAUGUAUAUACAUUGUAACGUCAUGAAGAUUGAAGUGAUUUUAGCACAGUUACACACAUGAUAUGGAUGAUAAAUAAUGAAUAAAACCAGUAUUACAUACGA